AUGCCGCUCAACACGACCAGCUACCUCUCUUCGCAAGGCUGGGCGGGCGUCGGCGUGCCCCUCGACGGGGCGAGCGGACGCGGUCUCAAGAAACCGCUCGCCAUCCCGCAAAAACGCUCCCUCACCGGCAUCGGAAAGGACCGCGACCGCGCAAACGAGUGGUGGGACAGCAUCUUUACCGCGGGUGCCAAGUCGCUCUCCAUCGGUGGCAGCCCCGCCGGUGGUACUCCGACCGGCAGUGGAUCCUCUACCCCCGUCAUCACCACCACCAGCACUACCAUGACGACAACGACGACGGCGGCGGCGGCGGCGAAAGGUGGAAUGUCGCUGGCCUCGAUGGCCAAGCGCGAACACGCACGCAAGACGUUGAUGAGCAGCUUUAUCCGCGGCGAAGUCAUCUCGAGCAAGGAACCCUCCCCCGAACCCCCGACCGCCGCCUCUUCCUCCUCCUCCCCUAACCCUUCUUCAACGACGCCACCUCCACCUUCUUCAUCGACAUCGACCGACAAGGCGGACAAGCGGGCGCGCAAGGCAGCCAAGGUGCAGGCCAAGCUGGAAAAGGCGGCCAGGAAGGCGGCCAAACAGGCCAAGAGGGAGGCGAGGGAGGUUCGGAGGGCGGAAAAGCAGAAGAAGAGGAGCGAAAAGGCGCUGCGACGACGACAAAAGAGCAAGGACGAGGGCGUGAGCGAGGGCGAGGGCGUCGACGGGACCGGCGUCGAGUCGAGCAGGAAACGAAAGAGGGUGACGGACGAUGCUGCCCUAGGCGACGCACAGGGGAUAGCCCCAACGGCGGCGACGACGGCGGCGGGCAAGGAGGAAAAGAAAAAAGCAACGAAGAAGGGCAAAGUCGACAAGGCGGAUCGCAAGGAAAAGAGGCGCAAGGACGCCAAAGCCAAGCAGGGCCCUUCCUCUGGGCAAGCCUGA